UCAAGGCAUAGUGUGAAGACAAAUAUGUUUCUGCAUUGUUUAACACUGAUUGUUAUUCUCAGAGAACUUGGUGCUUCACCAACUGAAGACUCUUUAAAGCCUGAUCAUGUUACAUUUUCAAAUAGAAACCUGAAAAGCAUUUUACAAUGGCAACCAGCAUCUGAAAGUAAUUACACUGUUCUGUAUAAUGUGGAGUAUAAAAUAUAUGGUCACCAAUGGAUGUCCAAAGAGGAAUGUCAGGGUAUCUCUAGAACCACUUGUGAUCUGACAACAGAAACAAUGCACUUGCAAAGCAUGUAUUAUGGACGUGUGCAAGCAAUACAUUACCAUAUUUCUUCAGCAUGGGUGGAAACCAAACAGUUCAUUCCAUUUAAAGAAAUGGCAAUUGAUCCCCCACAGCUUACGCUAACUGGAGAAAAAUACAUUUUGCAGAUAAAUAUAACUCCACCCUUUCAGAGCAAAAGGUUAACAUUCACAAUUGAUGUUAAACUGAAUGGCACAUUGGUUCAUCAGAUAAUAACUGAAAAUAAUACCAUACAAAUCACUGACUUGGACCCUGAGAAAGAGUAUUGUAUUUCGGGCACAAUGCGAUACACUUUGAAUACUUAUAAAUGGAGAAAAUCCAAGGCAAGCGAUAGCUAUUGUAUCACCCUGAAGGCUCCUGAUGCUGAGCCACACCCUAUGACUUUGGUCUCACACAUCACUCUGGGUUUAUUUGCGAUUCUGUUCAUGGCUUUCGGCUGGGUUCUCCUUAUUUUGUGCUACAAAUUGAUAUAUAGACCCAAAGUGACUUUGCCCCCAAGCCUGGUCAUUGAAGAACGUCAAAUGCUAAUGAAUAAAUCAAAAACUGACUCAAAAGAAAUUCCUGAAAUUUCAGACAGUUAUCAAGAUGGCUCAAAAUUGCAAACAAAUGAAUAUGUUUUCUGCCCAGUUACCCAACAGUUCAGAACACCAUUACAGCAGAAAGUGUGGAGCACUGAUGAUUUGGAUACCUGUGAUUUUGGAUACCCUUUACAUCAAGAAAUCUGUAGCCAGGGGUAUAUCUUACAGUUUGUCUACACAACACAACUGUCAGAUACACAUCCUGAGCUGUUUUAUCUUCAUGGGACAACACAGGAGUAUGGUAAUGUAGUCACUGCAGAAAGCCUGCCUGAAUAUGAAAAUCUGAAAGACAAAGAGAAAAACCAAUGUUAUACCAAUGUGCAGAACAAGGCUUGUCUUGAGCAUGAGUACAUGAACAAUAAUCAACAAAGAGAGAAUGACAAGAGUGACCUUCAAUACAAAAACAUUGUUCAUUUUUUACACAAUACAGAGUACCAGAAUGUAAUAUCAGAAUAAAUCAAGUACAGCUUUAAAGACAGUGGGGAUGGCAUGAUGGCACAGUGGUUAACAUUACUGCCUCGCACAGAGAGCAAAGCACUUCCUGAGGGGGCUGUCUGUGUGGGGUUUGCAUUCUUCCCCUGUGUUCAUGGGGGCUCCUCUGGGUGCUCUGGGUUCCUCCCACAGUCCAAAAGCCAUACUGGUAGGUUAACUGGCUUCUGUAAGAAACAGCCCAGGAGUGAUGGUGUAUCCUGCCUUGUGCCACUGGGCUGGAUAAGCAUUGAAAGCGAGUGUGUCUGACAGUGCUUUUGAUUGUAACUGACACUUCUUCUUGUAGUGACAACAUAUUUUAACACCUGUUUUGUAACUCACGAAGGGGCUCUAUUUAUAAAGCCAAAGCAAUUUAAAUAUUACAGUAGCUACACAGGAGCAUUUGAUGUACUCAAUUGCUUUUGUAUGUCAGUAUUAGAAAUCCCAGAAUUGUAUGCCCAUGGGUUGAUUUUUACAGCAUCCUGAGAGUCGGAAAUGAGAAACAUAUCUUAGUGAAGAUAUUUGUCCCAGAUAUGAAGUUGUGGAUUUUUAUUCUCUUCUUUAUUGUCAUUUCUUUAGAGUAGGAUUGUGGGAGUAUUGGACAAGCUACCCAGUUAUGACCCUGAACAGGUGGAUGAGAUCCUUGAAUCAAUUUAAGUAACUACUAACUAUCAAACAGGCUAGGUGAGCUGAAAGGCCGCCUCUCAUUCAUAACCUUCGUUAUGUUCUUUUGAUCACCUUCAUUAUUUCCUAAGCUUAUACAUUUCUGAUACUGAUCUGCAAUCUAAAUCUGUAAAUCACUAAUAGAAUGUGAACUCAAUUCCUAAAAUUGAGCUGACAAAUACUGUAUGUAUUUUAAUUACUAUGUGAUGCAAAUUGAUUUACUGUUAUAUUUUCUACUCUA